UGGACAGACUGGGGACAACAAAAGGUGAUGCAGGCUGCUCGUAGACUCAACAAGGAAAAGGCUAAACUUCAAAGCCUGAGGCAAGAAAGAGAUGAAGCAGCUCAUCUCCUUAAAGAAAAGGAAACACUGGAAGUUAGUAUGAUGAAGAAAGUCGCAGAGACAGAAUUUGCUUGGUCAAAAGCAUGUUCUCAGUAUGAAUCGCUAAAUGAUACUACCAGGAGGCUUGAAGAUGAUAACAACAAGCUGAGGCAGGAAUUGGAAGUUGCUAAGGCACGUGCUACUAAACUAGCUAAUAGUUGUCAAGAAGCAUCUAUGAGGGAAAUCAGGACACAGAAAAAGAAGCAAUCAUGGGAAAAGGAAAAAAUAAUGCUUGCCGAGGAUCUUGCAGCUGAAAAACAGAAGUUAUUGCAUCAUAGCCGGAAGUUUGAAGAAGCUAAAGUGUACCAUGACCAAAGUGAGGAUAGAUGGAAACUUGAAGAGAAGGGAAAACAAGAUAUCCUCACGCUGGUCGCUGCUGAAAGGAAUGAACGUGAACAAAUAGAAACUUCAGCUAAAUUGGAGGAAACAGCCUUUGUAUUAAAGUCAGAAAGUGAAUUACAAAAAUACAAAGAAGAUAUCAGAAGCCUUGAAGACAAGAUUUCAAAACUGAGAAUUAAUAGUUAUACAAAAACCCCAGCACUUACAUGGGACAUGAAUGCUCAUUCUAAUACCGAGAUAUUGGAUUCCCAGGGAUCUGACAAUGAAGUACAGCGUGAUAGAGAGUGUGUAAUGUGCUUGACUGAGGAAAUGUCAGUUGUUUUCCUUCCCUGCUCCCAUCAAAUUGUUUGUGCAAAAUGCAAUGAAUUGCAUGAGAAGCAGGGAAUGAAGGACUGCCCUUCUUGCAGGACCCCUAUUCAGCGAAGGAUACAUGUUCGCUCAGCUUAAUCUCAAUUUACAAAUUCCAUCUUCGAUGAGAAAUAAAGCUUUGAGUUGUAUUCUGAGGUUUUAUACUGGAUAGAGAGUGUGUAAUGUGCUUGACUGAGGAAAUGUCAG